AUGUCCAAGCGACCACGUCAAGUCGCUAUUACUAUACUAAAAAAAGGUUUUCUUGUCGACGAGCUUCAUUACGGACCUUACUCACGUUAUUGGUGGGAAUUUUAUGAGAACAAUAAUGACCUAGGAAAUGAUUAUAAUUUUUUUUUUCCCGAAUAUUAUUGUGAAUCAGACAAUUAUUAUAUAACUUUUUCUAAUUCUACUAAUGCAAUUUCUACUGUAUACAAAUUUGUAUUUGGUAAUCAAACCCAUUAUUCGGGUUCUAUUAUUCUUGGGUGGAAUCAAAAAGAUAUCGUACAACAAUUAAUAAAUGAU